AUGGCCCAUCCCCUUUUCACAGGUGGAUCUUCUCAAGUCUUGACUGAAGAACCGGCAGCUGACACUGCGGCAAUUACCCUUGAUUCACCUCAAGUUGGCAGACCUGACGGUGAACUUGUUGCACCUGGGCCUGCUACACCAGCGCUUGCUUUGGCAGAACCUUCAGCGCUGCCUGCUUGUGAAGUACGUCCAGCAGAGCCUGCCUGUGAGGAACCUGUAGGAACUGUUCCGGAAGUGGCCCCCGCACCAACCUUGUCAGCACCAGUGGUGGCAUCUCCUGCACAACUUUGCCCUGAAGCAACCCCUCCAAAGGAGACACAGAAUGAAGUUGAUUCGGCAGAGGACGUCACCAACAAACGAAGGACCGUGCCAGUCUUGAUUGUUCCACCCAAUUGGGACGUGCCCAUUCACCAAAAAAUGGUGGACAUCUUUGCUCUUUCCAAGAAGCCGGAGGCCAGUCCGGCCAAGUCUGCCGAGGGCGAUGAUGUUGUUGUGGUUGAUGAAAUUGAUGGUUCAGAUUGCCAGCAGGCCAAAUGCCCUGACGAGUUGGACGUGGAGAAUGAAGAUGGCGAGCCCCCUGUGACCCUGAGAAGGGAGCAAUGGACCUUGAGACCUAAGACCUCUAGGGGGAGAGGAAAGGGCCGCGGUCGUGGCAGAGGCCGGGGCAAGCAACCUGUUGAUCCUGGCGUUGUGCAGUCCAGCGGUGAAGAAGCUGAAGCUGAGAUGGUGCCCGUUGCUGAUGUCAAGCCCAAGCGACCCAGGGCAAAGGCAAAAACCACCAAGUCCCAAAAGGAGAAACCUCCCCGCAAGGAGAAACCUGCUGCUCCUAAGGCUGCUCCGAAGAGACGAGGCAAGAAGAAUGCAGAGAAAGCUGUAGUCUCAGCCGAGGCUGAUGCUAUGGAGAACAACGGGGACAAGGAGGUGAAGCAGACCGCAGCUGUGGAUAACCAUGGUGACGAGGACGGGGAACUGCAAGAAGAGCCUGAGAAGCCAAGCGGCCCAGAGCCAUUGCGGAAGAGGGCCAAAUGGGGGGAAUCCACCAAUGGCCCUUCGUUUGCCCGCAGGGUUUGCCCAAAGCUUGCCCCAGCAAAGCAGCAGUGGGAGGCCAUCAGGGAUGUGUUCGAGAAAGUGCUUCGACCAUAUCUUGUGCAGCUUGGGUUCGAGCAAGGUGGCUUUCAGGUUGAUUGGUGGGACUGGUGCAAAGAUGCGUUCAAAAAGAGCGAGAAAGUCGCAGAGGUGAUGAGGGAUGUGAAGGACGAACAGGACCAGAAUGUUCGUGGUGGCAAGCUGCUGCAGGUUUUUCUGGAAGUGGCCGACAGUGAGAUUCGAAAGUUCAUGGUGGACACGGAGCUGGCCCUGGAUGAGUCUGACAUCGCUCCUUUGUAG